GUUCUGCUCAGAACUGUUGUUCAUCUACCAAAGCUGUCCACGCUGCGUCUGCACAGACCGUGACGUUAAGCGCAGACUCCCGUCUGCAAUCCAGCUGGCAAAUAAGUGAUGCCCUGCAAAGAUUUUUCAAGAGGACGAAUAAUCCGCACAGAGCUCCACUGUGGAGAGUUGGGGGGCGGGGCCAGGAGCGAGUUGUGACUGCACGGAGUUUGCAUACUUCAUAGUUGAUGGUCAGAGAGCAGCAAAACUGACAAGUCCAUGCUUCAUAAUAACACAAAAAACAAACCGGACCGCGCUGCCUGUCACUGCAAAGACAAGCCAGGGGAAACACAGCAGCGCGCUCCUCUGGACUCGGGUUCGGAGUGUUUAUAAUAUCUGGUUUGAGGAUGGAGGGGGCCGGUCUGCCCUCGGUGCUCCACGGCGCGGCUCAGCGCUCUCAAGUACGUUGUGCAGGAGGAGCGCCUCUACAGGAAGCAGAGUAACGCCCGAGAACACAGUACUGCACGACAGAUGUCGACGAGAUGCAGACGGAGCGUGCAAAGAGGAUGGACUCUGCAGGAGAAGAAGCGUCCCUGAAUUCACCUGAGCUGCCCUGGAACCAGCUCUAUUUGAAGAGAAGGACCGAGUCCAGGAUCCAGUUAAGGAGGAGAGUGUGCUUCACAGGCCCUGCUGCUGCUGCUGCUGUUACCGGGGUAUUGGCAAUCCUCAUACUGGCUGCUGGCAGUGUGAGCAGCGACAGUGAGUUUGUGAAAGUCCCGAUCUCAGUGAAGUGUACUGAGGGGCAGGACUGUAUCCUGAGCUGCUCUUUCAACUACACAGUUGGAAGCUGGGACAUGUGGUCCUAUGUGGUCUGGAGAAGAGCAGAAACGGACUACAUCGUUCACAGUUACCAUGACAACAUGGACCAGCUUGACCAUCAGCUCCCUCAGUAUGUGAACAGGACCAGCCUGUUUGAUUCUGAGCUGCAGCACGGGAACGCUUCACUGCUGCUGAGGAGAGUCAGGGACAGAGAUGCUGGGAAUUACAGCUGCUCUGUUUACACACCUGGGGGGUUUGCGUUGGGUCUGACUGAGGUAGUCGUGGUCCCAGCUCAAGGAUUCUCCUGGGCGAUUUCAGUUUGGGUAACUGCAGGUCUGUGUGCAGUCCUUUUUCUUCAGAUCUCUGUCUACAUAAUGUUGAAAAAAAUCCCUGAUGUUACUUUGAAAGCUCAGUACAGUCCACCCCAGGCAGUUGGUGUAGGACAGGAUUUUGAAAAGGCAGAAUUCCCCUAUACUUUCAACAUCUGCAGUUUAAUACAACCUCCCAAAGAUGAAAUACGACUAAAUUAGAAAGAACAGCAAAAACCUUUAUGAGGUCUUUUUGUUAAAAUGUUUAAAAACACACAAACACACAAAGUGGAUAAUGUUGAGUGUAUGUAGUUAAAACAUGAUGUAUAUGCCGACUAUUAUAUUUGAGUUUUCUAUUAAAGGGUAUAUAAGAACCUU